AUGGGAGCAAAGCAAAGUAAAAACAAAAACAAAUAUUUGACUAAUCUACUUCCUGAUCCUGCUACACUAUCACCUUCGGAAUCAAGUAAUAAUCUGUCUUCUUCCAACAAGGCGCUUUUAAAUUCAACCGAUAAAAAAAAGAAACAUCACAAAGUUCAUCGAUCAGGUGGUGGUAGUGGUAGUUCAAGUAGUCAUACCAAGAAUCAUAGUCAUAAUCAUCAUCAUGGAGAUAGGAAAAAGAAAUCUAUAUCUGUUCAAAUCAAUAACAAAUAUGAUAGUAGUGAUGGUACUUUAUCAGAACAACAAUAUCUAUAUGUAAAUCAACAUGGUGGUGGUGGUUACAGUGGAGGAGGUGGAAUGAGUAGUAGUAUCAGUCAACCACAAGGUUUAAACCUUCAAUCAUAUCAUCAUCAUGGUGGUAGUAAUCAUAGUAGUAUUCAUCUAAGUAGUAGUAGUAGCUACCUCUAUUUGAGUAGUAGUACUACAACACCGCGAGAUUCGACGGGUCAAGUUGCUGGCGCGGUGGGUCUCUCCCAACAACCACUUUGGACUGGUCAACCAGGUGGCAGCGGUCAACCUCGGGUUUGGAUUCGACACGAGCGGCUUUUACUACCUGUACGAGCACCUGCUGCACUCGUCGACGUUGCGGUCUGUGCGUCUCACGUUUUUCCAAAAGGAGAUGUCGAUUGA